AUGAUUGUUGAUGCUUAAAAUGGAUUUCCGGAAAAAGGAACGCCCGGGUGUGUGUCAUCUUGGUGCAAUUAAGCUUAUUUGGGAUAGGCAUUGCCUAUACAAUUACAUCUGCUAUCAGCAUGAGCUUUAUUAAGCUACUCCUCCCAGUCCCAACUUGAUUUUUGAGCAUAGUAGUUUUGGCUUUAGCUUUUCAAGAAUCAUAACCAUUUAAUAAUAUAGAAUCACAUUAUAUGCCUUUUUGUUGAAAAAAUUGUCAUCUGGGAUAUUAGAAUUCCAGAAAGAUUUUAUAUAACCAAAUGCAACAUGGGUUUGAAAUGUUGAAUAUUGAUUUCAUAUUUUGUUAGUGUCAUCCAAAAUCAUAGAAUUGGCACUUAGAUGAUUUACGUAGUCAAACCUUUUCUAUUAGUCUCCUUUUUUUUUUCUCACUAUGGAUGCAGAGCAAUUCAGAAAUCAAACUGUUACCACAAAGAAGGGCACGAGGCUGCAUGUAACUUUGGAAAUACCACUUAUAUGUUACUCUUUGGAGUUGUCCAAAUUGUACUCUCUCAGAUCCCUGAGUUCCGCAAUAUACAAUGGUUAUCGAUUCUUGCUACAGCCAUGUCCUUCACCUAUUCUUCCAUUAGAUUGGGACUUGGCCUUGCAAAAGUUAUAGGAGAUGGAUAUGUUAAGGGCAGCAUAGGAGGAAUCUCAACUUCUAGUGCAACUGAUAAAGUAUGGUUGGUGUCUCAAGCACUGGGAGGCAUUGCAUUUGCCAAUCCAUACCCUCUCAUUCUUAUUGAGAUACAGGAUACUUUGAAGUCACCUCCAACAGAAAACCAGACAAUGAAAAAGGCCUCAACAAUAGCGAUCAUAGUUACAACCGUCUUCUACCUCAGCUGUGGAGGCUUUGGAUAUGCAGCCUUUGGGGAUGAUUCACCUGGGAACUUCUUGAUGGUGUUCGAGUUCUUUAAACCACACAAGCUCAUUGACUUUGCUAACGCUUAUGUUGUGCUUCAUCUAGUAGGAGGAUAUCAGGUACAACUUUAUAUGCUACGUUUAUCACAUUUAAAUCUUCUAAUUCUUGUUGCCAUCUUAAUUCCCUGCCAUUACAAGGAAUAGGCCCUAGUUAUGUUUCUCUCUGUGGCCAAGACUAUAAUUGUUGUUACUUGUAUCACUAGAAGAAAUGCAAAAUGUACAACAUUACUGUAGAUAUAGUCAACAUAUACAGUAAUUGUACUGUUAUAACAUGGUUUUACCAUUGUGUUUUUGCUUCUAUUUAUGUUGACAGAUUUUCAGUCAGCCACUGUUUGCAAAUGUUGAAAGAUGGGUUUGCCAAGAAGUUCCCAAGUAGCGGAUUUGUAAAUAAUAAUCACACUUUGAAAUUUCCAUUACUCCCUGCCAGUUAUUAGAUUAAAUCUUCUCAGAUUGUGUUUCCGAAGUGUUUAUGUGGGAUCAACGACAGGAAUUGCAAUGAUGUUCCCGUACUUUAAUCAGGUUAUGGGAAUAUAUGGAGGCUUGAACUUUUGGCCCUUAUCUAUAUAUUUUCCUGUGGAGAUGUACUUCAAGCAGAGGAAAAUUGGAGCUUGGACAACAAAGUGGGUUAUGCUUCGAACUUUCAGCAUCAUGUGCUUGCUUGUGACAUUAUUUGCCUUGAUUGGUUCGAUUGAAGGACUUAUAUAAGUGCAAGACUGAGCUAGAAUCUGCACUUGAGUCCUUUCGUAAUGGAAAGGAGGAUGCACGUCUAAAGAUUGCUAUUGAUUCACGAAGUAUGAUAAAGCUUGGACUUAACUAUUUCUUUUGAUGUAGGCAUUGCUGAAUUUUCAAGGAGAAGGCUAGUACAUUUUCAGGAUUAUAGGGAAUGCUAAACUAGGAAACCGGUUGACAGAAUUCGGUCCAGAUAAUGCUCUCAUUGAUUUUGCUAAUGCUUGCAUUGCUCUUCAUUUUAUCAGAGAUCAAGGCAACAGCAACAGCAAGAAGACUCAGCACAGCAAGAAGGGUCACAGCAGAAUUAUAGAAGUGCAGAUACUCAUGGUUAAACGACUUGAAGCUUUGGUCUUUGUAUUGUAUAUAGCUUAAACUGUGUGUAGUUUAGUCAGUCUCGUAAAUAGCUUUAGUAAUGCACGUGAGUGUGCACGUGUGUAUUUUAUUCUUCUGUUAAGAUGUUUGUUAAGUUAGUUAGUCUCUGAUUGUAUAUAAGGAUCAAAGCCAUGUAUCAUUAAGCAAGUUAAUGAGAUUUUUCACUCUUAACAAUC